GGUCUGGCAAAAGGCAUGAAGCAGGUCUUACUUGAGUGCGGCCUCUGGACUGAAGGUACAUUGCUGAAAUGCCACGAUGGCUGUAACUGUGAGAGGACUGCUUGCUGUGCCACCCGUAUUAUUGAGCUUCAGCCAGACUUUAAAGCACAGAGUUCCCUUGUGCAGGAGGUCAUUGAGGCCUCUGGGCAUGUCUGCAUUUUCCUCCCAAAAUUUCAUUGUGAAUUGAAUUCUAUUGAGUUCUUCUGGGGGGCAGUGAAGAAGUAUCUCCAAGAGCAUUACAAUUAUACUUUCAACAUGCUCAAGGAGAAACUCCACAAGGCACUCACAUCA